AUGAAGCUCUCUAGCGGUGCACUGGCUCUUGGGCUGGCCAACUUGCCCGCAACUCUUGCCUGGGGCAGUCUUGGCCAUAUGACCACUGCCUACCUUGCUAGCCACUUUGUUGCCAAUACGACCGAAGUGCAUUUCAAGUAUAUUCUGUAUAACGAUGAGGAGGACUAUCUCGCCAAGAUUGCUUCAUGGGCAGACUCAAUCCGAUACACGAACUGGGGCCGUUUCUCCAAGAACUUUCACUUUAUCGAUGCUCACGACCGCCCGCCUCACAAUUGCGAUGUCGAUUAUGAACGCGACUGCAAGGAUGAUGGUUGUGUCAUCACCGCCCUUCACAACUAUACUCAGCAAUCAGUCGAGCCUGAGCUGCCCUUCUGGAGGCGCAACCAGGCCGCCAAGUUUGUUGUCCAUUUUGUCGGCGAUCUUCACCAACCUCUGCACAACGAAGAUGUUGAAAAGGGAGGUAAUGGACUCUCAGUGAUAUUUGAUGGUAAACAUUUCAACCUCCACCACGUUUGGGAUAGCUCCAUUGCCGAGAAACUUCUGGGUGGCCUUCACGGCGACCCAUCCAAGCUGGCCAACAAAUGGGCUAACCAGCUUGCUGUUGAGAUUACGGAUGGCAAGUAUGCAGAGGCGAAAGAGUCCUGGUUGAAGGACUUGGACUUUGAGAAGCCCAUUGACACGGCACUUGCCUGGUCCCGAGAGACUAAUGCACUCGUUUGCACACAUGUUUUACCCGAGGGACCCGACGCUAUUGUCGGUCAGGAACUUGGGGGCGAGUACUACGAGAAGGCAGCCCCUGUUCUAGAGGAGCAGGUUGCCAAGGCCGGUUACAGAAUGGCUGCAUGGCUGGACAAGAUCGUCGAGGCCUACAAGGAUGCUGAACAGAAGCAGAUUUCUGAGGAGCUCUGA